AUGUACAUAAUUGUAUAUAGUAUUUGUCUUGUCUGGAAUGACUAUAAUGGAGGGAAACUGAGAAAUUCUUGUAUCAUUCUAGCCUUCUUUAUUUUGGCCAGAUAUGCAAACUCAAGUGCAACUAAUCCAGAUCAUGGGUUGCAUGUCGCUAUGGCAACCAGAAAUGGCAAAGUCGUUAAAAGAAGUGUCUCGUCAAUGCUAGAUAAGUGUAGAGUACUCUUGCACCUUGUUGGUUUUGUCGUUCUUGUCGUUCUUAGGCUGGGUUGGUUUGUGCCAAACGUGACAGAGAGAUUAUCAAAGGUUGGAUAUACAGACUCAGAAAAUGUUUUCAUAUUCAAAACAUAUAAGCAGCUUUUUUGA